GACUGUUGUCCAGAAAGAUUCCUCUGAACUUCCAACCACUAAACCUAAUUCUGGCAGUUCAAUAGAUAGUUCCACUCUGGGAUACCUCACUGCAUCUAAUUCUUCCUCAUUGAACUUCCACCACAUCUCUAAAAGCUUGGAGGAGCAAACCACUGGACAGGAGCGAGACACAAAUGCGAAAAUAUGUGAGGAUGGUAAAGACCAUAUGCAGAGCUCAGCUUUAGUAGAAAGUCUAAUUGCAGUAAAAGUGGCAGCUGAGAAUAAUGAGGAGGGCAAUAGCUGUAUUGUUUCUCAGAGAAAUUCAUUCAAAGCUUUACCAGAAGAAGCUUGGGACUCAGGGUUUAUGGGGAGCUCGCCUAGAACUGCUGACAAAGAGAAUGCUUUACAGUGUAGUUCAAAAACACCUUUGCACCAGGAUUUAGAGGCAAAUGAACAAGAUGCAAGGCCAAAGCAAGAGAACCAUCUUCACUCAUUAGGAAGAAAUAAAGUGGGUUACCAUUUACAUCCCAGUGAUAAGGGUCAGUUUGAUCAUUCCAAAGAUGUGUGGUUAGCCCCCAGCCCCAUGCCAGCUGUACACAAAGCAUCUAAUGGACACUCAAGAAACAAGACAAUAACAACCUCCAUUAAGACAGCUCGGAAAAGUAAAAGGGCAUCGGGGUUAAGGAUAAAUGAUUAUGAUAACCAGUGUGAUGUUGUUUAUAUCAGUCAACCCAUAACAGAAUGCCACUUUGAGAAUCAAAGAUCAAUAUUAUCUUCUCGGAAAACAGCCAGAAAGAGUACUCGAGGAUACUUUUUCAAUGGUGAUUGUUGUGAGCUGCCAACUGUACGCACACUGGCCAGAAAUUUACACUCCCAGGAAAAAGCAAGCUGCUCAGUGCUGGCAUCAGAGGCAGUGGUUGCUCCCAAGCAGGUCCUUACAAUGUCAGCCCCUAGACACACAGUAGAUGUGCAGCUUCCCAGAGAAGAUAACCCUGAGGAACCUAGUAAGGAAAUAAUCUCCCUUAAGGAAGGAGGUGGAGAUGUUUCAUCUGAAAAAGACUCUCAAGAGCCUGAGAUUUGCUCCAUGAUAAAUAAACCAAAUCCAAGCAGCUCCCCUACGUCAAAAGAAAUGACAGCCUCCAGCCUGGUGAGGCCUCUUCCUGCUCACCUACCUGGAGAGGGCAUGCCAGAAGGCAGCUCCAUUGUAUCAGCUCCCACAGCAAAUGGGAUGUCUUCUGCUGAACAAGACCAACAACCAGUCGCACUGCUGGAUACAGAGGAAAUGAGUGUAUCCCAAGACUGUCACCCGGUUCCCUUUACUGAAAGCAUUUCUGGGGGAGGCAGUGAAGAUGUCAUUUCUAGGCCCCAUUCUCCUCCUGAAACAGUCAAUAGGGAAGAAAGUCCUCUGUGCUCAAAAAUUCAAAAUCCCCCAAUGGACUUGGAACCUCCCACAAGUCUGGGACAGCCUGAGGACAACCAAAGCAUCAGUACUGAGGCUGAGACUGGAGACACACAAGAGAUAGAUACCAACCCACUCUUGAUGGAAAGCAGCACUUUUAUUAAUGAAAACCCCAGUAAAAUUGAGGAGAGUAAGGCAGCAGGUGAUACAGGAAAAUUAGAGGGAGAGGACAGUGAUGUAAAGUGCUCUUUAGAAAAAGAUUUUUGUGAUCCAAACAUCGACUCAUCCGAAGAGAAUUUGGACAAGAAGAAAAAAGGUAAAAAGUUCCCUGAGGCCUCUGAUAGGUGCCUAAGAAGUCAACUCUCAGAUUCUUCCUCUGCUGAUAGGUGCCUAAGAAAUCAAAGUUCAGAUUCUUCCUCUGCUUGUCCUGAAAUCAAAGUUUCUAAAAAUCCUGGUGCAAAACGUUCUAAAAAAGAAGGGUAUUCUGCUAGGACAACACCUGAGGACUUUUCCACGGACAACUUCCAUACAAAAGCUGUGGAGGACACUGAAGACCUAAAUGUUGAUGAACACCCCUCUGACAAGGAUGCUGAGCUAGAGGGCAAAGGAGGUGGGAUCAUCACCAGGCAGACUUUUAAAAACAUGCUGGCAAAAGAAGUCAAGGGAGAAGAAGGAGAGAUUAUUCCCAGCAGUGAUCCGUUAACCACAGUUUGCCAGCUGCUGCCUGGAGAGAAACUGGAAAUCUAUGUUCAGUCUAAGAUAGGUGAGAAAAAUGGUCAUGUUUCCUCCGAAAGUAUUCCUUGUAGGAGUGACCCAGAAGAAUCAAAAGAGAAGCCAGGACAUACUCCUGCACAGGAUGCAGAGGAGGUGGUAGAUGAGGUUGCUAGUGAAAAUGCUCAGUGUGAAGGUGAUGGUGGUGACACUCCAUCGAACUCAGCUGGGUUGUCAAGUAGUGGGAGUGGAGAUGCCGCUGGGCCACCAAAAUUGGCAUUAAGGCCAAAGAGAUUGACCUCUUCCUUCUAUAACCUAAGACAUGCUCAUGGUCCGGACUCCUUGGAUACUACUACGAAAGUGACUUCAGAAAAAGAAGCCACACAGGUCAACCCAAUACCAAAGGAAAAUGGAGCUUCAGAGAGUGGGGAUGCCUUAGAUGAGGAUGAUGCAGACACAGUGGUAGAUGAACAGCCGAAGUUUGUGGAAUGGUGUGCUGAGGAGGAGAACCAGGAGCUUAUCGCCAGCUUUAACGCCCAGUACGUGAAAGUUCAGAAGGGCUGGAUCCAAUUGGAAAAAGAAGUACAGCCAACACCAAGAGCAAGGAACAAGUCAGAUAAACUGAAGGAGAUUUGGAAAAGCAAGAAAAGGUCACGGAAAUGCAGGGGUUCGUUGGAGGUUCAAAAGUUUUCUCCUGUUCAGAUGCUGUUUAUGACAAACUUUAAAUUAUCUAAUGUUUGUAAAUGGUUCUUAGAGACGACUGAAACCCGGUCUCUGGUAAUUGUGAAGAAGCUCAACACUCGUCUUCCAGGAGACAUCCCCCCUGUCAAGCAUCCUCUUCAGAAGUACUCUCCUUCCAGCCUGUAUCCCAGUUCACUACAGGCUGAACGCUUAAAAAAGCACUUAAAGAAAUUUCCUGGAGCUACUCCUGCUAGGAAUAAUUGGAAAACACAGAAGCUCUGGGCUAAAUUUCGAGAGAAUCCCGACCAAGUGGAGCCAGAGGAUGGCAGUGAUGUCAGCUUCAGCCCUAAUUCUGAAGACAGCAUAGAAGAAGUCAAGGAAGACAGAAAUAGCCAUCCUCCCACAAGCUUGCCUAUGCCAGCCAGUACCCGGAUCCUGAGGAAAUACUCCAACAUCCGAGGAAAGCUCAGAGCCCAGCAACGUUUGAUCCAGAAUGAGAAAACAGAAAGCCCACUUGGUCUGGCUGUGGAAAGUAAGCAGAGUCGUAAGAGUGUAUGCAUCAACCCUCUGAUGUCCCCCAAGCUUGCCCUGCAAGUGGAUGCAGAUGGGUUUCCUGUUAAGUCCAAGAGUGCUGAAGGGAUGAAGGGAAGGAAAGGGAAGCAGACAUGUGAAAUGUUGCCUAAAGCAGAAGUUCAGAAUAAACGUAAGAGAACAGAAGGCAGCAGCACUCAGGACAGCAAGGACAAGGGACCAGCAAUGAAAGCCAGCAAAGAAAAGCAUGUUGAUGGAUCCACCAAAACCCCUUCUGCCAAGAAGCCCGCUGCAAGGGACAAAAUCAGUCAACUGCCCAAAAAGAUGUCUUUGAAAGAGAAUAAAGUGAAGAUCCCUAAAAAGUCCCCUGGGAAGAGCUACCCUUCCUUCAGGAAAGAAAAAGAGAGUACAAACAAAAGACCUACCACCCAGCCCACCACCUUGGAAACACUGACAAAACCCACCAAGCAAAAGGGGGCAGGUGAAUCUUCUUCAAGGCCCCAGAAGGCCACGAACAGGAAGCAGAGCAGUGGAAAGACUCGGGCCAGAUCCUUGACAAAAAAUCCAGAGAACAGUACGGCUCAGAGAAAGCGAAAGCCGAAGGCCAAGCCGGACUCUUCCCACAGCAAACGGAGGCGGCUGGAUGCAAAGUGAUUGGGGGGGUGGAAGCCAAGAGUAAAACUAUUCUAGAGAAGUAACCUUUUAUUUUGCAUUAACUAAAUCUGCUUUUAUAAGCUUAUCAAGCCUUUCAAAUCUCCCAUUAAUGAAGAACACCACAAUUUGAGAUGACAGAAAAUGUGUCUUGGAGAAGGGAACUUGCCCAGUCCUUCUCUGAGGCUGAGUAAGGGAAGUUAUAUAUUAUAUUCUGGUUGUUCCUUGGGUUUUAAACUAGGAACCGAGCAGUUUUUGUUUUUAAAAGUACAGUGCCUUAUUUAUCCUUUUUGUUUUUAAAUUUACAAAAGCUAAAAAGCUGAUCUAUGUGAUUAAAGGCUUGUAUUUUAUACUUGAUGCACAAGCACUUGUACUGUAGCCGAGAAGACCACCAUCAUGCACAUAAAAGGAGCUUUUCAGCAGCCACCCUGCAGCAUCUGUCCAUGGACAGAUGCCCCUCUUUGCAAACCCCAGCAGUGAACUUCCCUCUCUGUCAUGUUUGUUUGUUUAAAUGAUAUUUGAAAGCUAAACCAAAUCAUUUUUACGGUAUGUGGUGAAUGCAGAGGACUUAUAAUUAUUAUAAAAGAUUAAUAUUUCUGUUACUCCCAUUUUAAAAAA